AAUAAAAAUUCGCUAUUACAUGAGGAUGAUUAUUAUUUAGCAUGGCUUAUGGAUUAUAUCAAGUCAGUUGCAAAUUUGUUUGAAUUCAUCUAAUCAGUAGAAUAACUAAGGAAAAAAAAAUACAACGUAUGACAAUUUCAAUAAUUUACUUCUGUAAAAAAGCCACCAGAUUAACAAUCUUGAUAACACUGGACCCAUCUAUGAACUAGACAAAAUACUUUAUGAUACUUUUUGAACAAAAAUAUCAAAGAAUCCAUUGAAAUUAGUCAUUUUUUAUGGAGUACUAAACAGUUUCACAUACCUAUCUAUGAAAUUAACAGUAAUGCCAUUCAGAAAAUGUGGAUCCUUUGCAAAAAUCCUACUGGUUACGAUUAAUAUCCGGUAAUUCUAAGCGAACAAUAAUUCAACGUCCAAGGUGGAAGAACUGUUAACACAUGCUGCUAUGGAGAUUCAUGAAGGUCGUCGUUUGACCCUCAAGUGUAAAGUCCAGGUGAAACUAAUCCACAGAUUAAGUGGUUUAAAGAUGACAAGCCAAUAGAUAUGUCAGUUCAUCCAAACAUUAAAAUAACAUCUUCCACGAAACAUUCAGAACUCCGUAUUGAACAGGUUAUAUCAAGUGAUAGUGGAAAUUAUUCAUGUCGUGGAGAAAGUCACCUCAGUCAAAUUAGUAAAUGGGUAUUUGUUUCAGUUUAUUCAGCAUGUCCAGUGAAUGUUUGCAAUAUAGGAACAUGCUUCGUUAUCAAUAAUAAUUCACUUUGUAGGUGCCCAAAAACUCAUACCGGUGAACAUUGUGAACAUCUCAUAUCAAAUACAACAGGAUCUAAUAAGCUUUUUAUGAAUACACAACCAAUUAAACAGCAUUUAAAUCAUUUACAGUCAGAUUCUAAGUCAUCAUUAUCACCAUCUGCUGACGCGAUGACUUCAGUAUUUAUCACCAAUGAGAACAAUAAUCCCCAUCAAAAUGUACAGCCGAUAUCUGAAAUGAAACGGGAAAAAUUUGAUUUAUGCAGUUUACCUGAAUUUCAGUUUACAACGGACUGUGUGCACGUCAAAAGUCAUUUGAUGACAUUUAUAGGCACUGCAAUCACGUGCUCUAUGCUUAUUUUACUUCUCACGUUCUGUGCUGCUUAUUUCAGAAGGAGAAGAAUCCUGAACAGAGGUAAAAGCGACCGUCAACAGUUAUCCAAAGAAAAUCAGUCAAAAUGUGAAAGAAUUAUUGAGUCAACUGACGACAAAUCCCAUUCACCAAUGUUGAAUUCUGCAGAAAUGUGUAUUGAAAAUGGAUCUAUACAGUUGAGUCCCUUAAAAUCUGUAUCAUUUGAAGGUGUGCUGUAUACCGACAUGAUAAAAAAAAAUGACGACAUGAAACAACCAAAUAUACCGAAUUCAGAUCACACAUAUACAUCUCAUAAUAAUAGCAGCAGACCUAAUAUGAACAAUACCCAAACAAAUGAUUCUGUAACUGACAAUUCAUUGUGUAAACGUUCAAAAGGUUUUCAAGUUUCUCCUUCUUCUAGUUCAAAUACUGCAUACGUUGUAUGGACUACUACACAAGAUAUUAUUCAACAGCCUAAUCAAGAAUUAAAUAUUUGUCCACUGAGUAAAAUACUGAUACACACAGAUGCUCAACAGCAAUAUUCAAUGGAACAGAAUUUAGCUACUUCGGCGAUAACAGUGCCAACAACUACGUAUCAUUCAGCUAACGUAGCACAGUCUUUAUCAUCUCAUGAAAUGCUUUUGAACAAUGUCUCAUCCAUAACUCAAAAUAAUUACGGUACACUUUUAUCGCCUACAACAUAUGACAAUGUAACAAGUUCAUUAUUAUCUAGAUCUAAAUUGUCUAACCCAAUAAUUGCACAAUCUGGGGAUGUAACUAACAAGGCAUAUCCAGUAACUAAUAUUUUAUUGGAAAAUACAUUGGAAAGUUCAAUCCACCAUGGUAGUCCUGUGGGUAAGACAAAAAACAGAAAAGAUACCAUAUUACCUUAUGCUUAUUGUACAAAUUUAGCAUAUAACAGUUCAAUGACAGACUCAUUGACGUCAAAUCUAUCCAGAAACAGUACUGAAAAUCACCCCACAAAUUUCACACCCUUAGAAACACUUAUCCCAUCUGUUGAAACAAAUGAAUGUAUUGUUAAACAAUUAUUUCAAACAACAAAAUCAUUAUCAAUAUCAACAUCAACUUCACCUCAACCUUGUAUAAUACUCGAUCCAGAUAAUUUGAAAUUUAGUUCAAAACUUGUCUAUUUCUGUCCAAACACUCAAAUGAACUAAAUGUCUUCAUUGAUUAAACAUGUUAAAUAAAUCACUUAUUUUUAGUGUGAUUUCACAUUCCAUAUUCUGAAAAAGCAAUUUUACAUUUAGAAAAGAUAUCUAGAAUUAUGAUGAAAAUCAUAUACAUUAACGGCAAACAAUGUAAAUCAUGAGGAAAGUUUUAAAAAAUGUAUUGAAUAUCAGAGGUAUAUUCUUCAAGAAAUGUUCGUGGAUGUUUUUGUUUUUCAGUUGUACAUUCAUUGAUCUCUGAGUAUUUUUUUUGUGGCAAUACUCAAACGAAAUAAAGAGUAAAUGUGAUUAUCGAUAUCAGAAAAUGUCAUUUUUGCCUUAUAUAAUCUUUUAUUUGACCUGAUUUAUGCUUAGUAUUUAUGGUGAAAUAACUUGACUGAAUAAUAAAAAAAGGGAUGGUUAUCAGAAGAUAAACUUCAAGGUUAAGCAUUUUUUUUAUUUUCGGUGAGAAAAGAUAUUAUCAUCUAGGUUGUAUACAUUCAUUUGUAAAACACGUAACAGCAUCGGACUAUUUUCGCCUAAUAAGUACAAAAUAUCUUUGUUAAGAGAUGACACUAAUUCACUAGUGUGUAAAAAUAACUUGCUUAUUUAAAAAAAGUAUGUGUUCAAUACUUUAUCACUUAGAAUAAAAACUUAUGACAUUUU